AUGUCAUCGCCUGCUUUUAAACUGCAAGACGGAAAGAAAUUCUCUGCUGCUGUAGGCGCUCACCUCACGCCGUUGAAGAACGACCGCUCCCGAGUAAUGGCUGUCGUUACACAACAGCACAGGCUGUGUGCCCAGCCAAGGACAGCGGGAUGCGCUGAUAAAAUUAGAAGUAACAGCAGAGCUAGCAAGUGCCGUGGGCUCCGCACCGCUCGGAAACUCCGCAGCCACCGUCGCGAUCAGAAGUGGCACGACAAGCAGUAUAAGAAGGCCCACUUGGGCACUGCGCUGAAGGCCAACCCCUUCGGCGGCGCUUCUCACGCCAAGGGAAUUGUUCUGGAAAAAGUUGGAGUAGAAGCUAAGCAGCCUAACUCUGCCAUCAGGAAAUGUGUAAGAGUCCAGCUGAUCAAGAAUGGCAAAAAAAUAACAGCUUUUGUUCCCAAUGAUGGUUGCCUGAACUUCAUUGAGGAAAACGAUGAAGUUCUGGUUGCUGGUUUUGGUCGGAAGGGUCAUGCUGUUGGUGACAUUCCUGGAGUUCGCUUCAAGGUUGUCAAAGUAGCCAAUGUUUCUCUGUUGGCCUUAUACAAGGGCAAGAAGGAGAGACCAAGAUCAUAA